CCCGCUGCCCGCCGGGCGCCGGGCGGACACACCCAUGCGGGAGGGACGGGCGGGCCGCGGGCGCGCCGCACCUGCCCGGCCGGCGCGGGCCCAUGUUCCCCGAGCUGCGGAGCCGGCCGGGGCCCCCGCGGGGUCGCGCCGCGGCGGUGCGCGCGGGCCUCGGGGAGCGCCGCGAGGCGGACGCCACUGCCCACUUCAGCUUCUGCCGGACCCUCCUGGAGCACACAGUGUCGGCGGAAAGCAUCCCCUGCCCACUGCCCCGGGCUCCGGGCAGCAGCCUCACGUGGCAUGACUCUCGGAGCCAGAAGGCAGCUGGCGGCCACGCUGUCAAGCUCCUGCAGCAGCCUGGCACCCAGGCCCCCCAGGGCCGGCUGUACCCCGACCACUGCGGCCUGUACCACACGAGCCCCUCGCUGGGCGGCCUGACCAGGCCGGUCGUCCUGUGGACGCAGCAGGACGUCUGCAAGUGGCUCAAGAAGCACUGUCCUCACAACUACCUCGUCUACGUGGAGGCCUUCUCCCAGCACGCCAUCACGGGCCGGGCCCUGCUGCGCCUGAACGCCGAGAAGCUGCAGCGCAUGGGGCUGGCGCACGAGGCGCAGCGGCAGGAGGUGCUGCAGCAGGUCCUGCACCUGCAGGUGCGGGAGGAGGGGCGGAGCCUGCAGCUGCUCAGCCAAGCUCCCUUCGGAAGCCGGGCCUAGCCCGCCCGACGCCCACCGCGGACCCCAGCACUGUGACCAGCGCGAGGACGAGGCGCCGCCCACCGGGCGGGCGGGUCUCCGGCGGGACCCCGUUGCAUGCGCGGCGGCCCGGCUGCCGGUCUGGCCGCGACCCUGCUCCCCG